ACAUAAAAUUUGUCUUACGAUCCGAGGCAUACAUACAUUUGAGAAUUUCACAUGCCAUAUUAUAAUUGUAUCAUUUUUCUUCUUCUUCCUUAAAACCCUAAUAAUAAUAAUAAUGAUGAUUAACACUAUAGUUCGAUCACGAUUCCGAAUUUCUCCCUUGUUAUUUAACAGAAGAACCAAUGAACGCUCUUUGUCCACCGUUCUCCUCCAACACAAACAACCACCACCACCUCCUUCCGCCGGCCCCGGCGCCGGAGCUGAGAAUAAGUCAUGGAAUUUUCUGAAGUACAGCCUUGUUGCUGCCCUAACCGGCGCUGCUGCCACUGCUGGUUACGCUACUUACGCAUAUUCGGUGGAUGAAGUUGAGAAGAAGACCAAGGCUUUGCGUACAUCUGCAAAUUAUACUGUUGGUGAAAAUGCAUCUGGUUUUGAUAAAUUUCAAGCUCUGCUAUACUCCUCUGCAAUGACAGUGCCCGCCAAGUUAGUUGAGCUUUACCUAGAUGUGAGGCGCUUGACUGAAGAACAAGUUCGAGAUUAUAGUGAACCAUCAUCAGACAAGCUUCUGCUAGAUUUGCAUCCAUUGGAGCAGCACGUCUUUACCAUUGUUCUUGAUCUGAGUGAGACGUUGGUCUACUCCGACUGGAAGCGUGAAAGAGGCUGGAGAACAUUUAAAAGACCUGGGGUAGAGGCUUUUCUGGAACACUUAGCUCAAUUUUUUGAGAUCAUUGUAUACUCAGACCAACAGAACAUGUAUGUUGAUCCCAUUGUUGAUAGAUUGGAUUCAAAGCAGUGUAUCCGCUAUAGGUUAUCAAGGGGAGCAACUAAAUAUGUGGGUGGCAAGCAUUACAGAGACCUUUCCGCGCUGAAUAGGGAUCCAUCAAGGAUCAUAUAUAUUAGUGGUAAUGCAUUAGAAAAUAGCCUUCAGCCAGAGAACUGCGUACAAAUAAAACCAUGGAAAGGGGAUGUGGAAGAUACCACACUUUUAGAUCUGAUUCCGUUCCUUGAAUAUGUUGGAAUGCAUAGGCCAGCUGAUAUUCGAACUGUUAUAGCUUCAUACCAAGGACAUGAUAUUGCAAAGGAGUUUAUUGAACGAUCAAAGGAGCACCAAAGGCGUAUGCAAGAGCAGAAACAACACAGCCGUUUUUGGCGUCGCUCGUGAUGAGCGUGGAUUUUUGGCAAGGCUUCCCUCUGGAGAUAAAAGCAAUUGACAGAAAACAUUAAACAAUGAUAAAUUAUUUGUAACUAAAGUAUUCAAUUUGAGAAUGUUACUCCUCUAA